AUGGGUCUUGUUGGAACCAUCCCACCAGAAAUCGGAAAUAUUUCUUCUCUCGUUUCUUUAGACAUGAACGACAACUCUUUUCAUGGUCCUCUUCCCGUGUCUAUCUUUAACAUGUCAAAUUUAGAAGUCUUGAGUUUGAGGAAUAAUAGUUUGUCUAGUAGUCUACCUCUUGAUAUGUGCAUACACAAUCUUGAUCGACUCAAGAUUCUUCGUAUUUCUUACAACGAGAUGUAUGGGAAUAUACCAUCGAGUUUGGAGCAGUGUUCGCAGCUCGAGUAUCUUUCUUUGUACAACAACAAAUUUGAUGGAAUAGUGCCAAGGGAACUUGGGAACUUGACCAAGCUUCAAACGUUGUACAUUGAUGCAAAUAAGUUGACAGGUGAUAUUCCAGAGGAGAUUGGUCGUCUAACGAAUUUAAAAAGUUCGGACAUGAGUUCCAACAAAUUAAAAGGCUCAUUGCCUGCAACUCUCUUCGGCAUGCCAUCCUUGCAAUAUGUUGACUUUGCUUCCAAUGAACUAAGUGGACCAUUAUCACCACAAAUUGGAAACAUGACAUCCCUUCUCAGAAUAGGCCUUGAAUAUAAUAAUCUAACUGGUGAAAUUCCAAAAGAGAUCGGUCUUCUUACCGAUUUCGAGCGAUUGAGCAUGUGUUGCAACAAUAUUAGUGGUUUAGUGCCAAGAGAACUUGGGAACAUGACAGCCAUGGUUGGUAUAUACCUUUCCAGUAAUGCUUUAAGUGGUCCAAUACCUUCCGCCAUUGGGAAUAUGUCAGAGCUGGAUUAUUUAGUACUCCCUCAUAACAAACUAAUUGGAGAGAUUCCAUUAUCCAUUUGCGACUUGAGAUUACUGACACUCCUCCAUUUAGCAGACAAUCAUUUGGAAGGACAGAUUCCAAAGUGCUUGGGAAACUUCAAUAGUACAUUGUUGGCUCUUAAUUUAGGUCAAAACCAAAUCACAGCCCUUCAAUCCACAUUUGUAAAAGGUUGCAGUCUUCAGGCCCUUAUUCUGUAUGGCAAUAAGUUGGAAGGAAUAACACAGUCCCUAAUCAACUGCCAACGCUUGGAGAGCAUUGAUUUUGGUGAUAAUGAAAUACGAGGUGCAUUUCCCUUCUGGAUGGAAGCAUUCCCUCAACUUCGCGUCCUCAUCUUGAGGUCUAACAAGUUGAAUGGUACUAUGUUGGAGGCUUCAAAGACCGAGCAUCCGUUUCCAAAGUUGCAAGUCUUGGAUAUAUCAAGAAAUGCAUUUGUUGGCUCUUUACCUGAUAGAUAUUUCAAGAAUUGUGAAGGUAUGAUAGAUGCCAAGGAUAAUCUGACACGCGUUGGGAAGGAUAGGCUCCAAACAUAUUUAGACUUAGGUGUCAUUUUGAAGGGUUUGGAUCAGGAAUUGAAAAGAUUGUUAGAUACGUUUACAAUGAUUGACUUAUCUUCCAAUAGAUUUUCCGGGAAUAUUCCAGUUUCCAUCGGCAAUCUUAAUUCUCUUAGAUACUUGAAUUUGUCCAGUAAUACUCUCACGGGAGAGAUUCCUGUGUCUCUUGGGAAUAUAAGUAUUCUUGAGUCAUUGGAUUUGUCAUGGAACAGAUUGAGUGGAAAAAUUCCAAGUGAUCUGACAGGUUUGACAUUUCUUUCGAAAUUAAACCUAUCAAUGAAUAAUUUUGUGGGGCCAAUACCACAAUCUAAGCAGUUUUCUACGUUUCAGAAUGAUUCAUACAUAGGAAACUUGGGAUUGUGUGGAGUUCCAUUGGCAAAGCAGUGUGAAACAACUGAUGGAAAAUCAGUGUUUCCUCCACAAGAAGAUGAUGAUGAUGAGUCAGGAUUUAUAGAUGGAUUUGGUUGGCGAAGUGUCGUGUUAGGGUAUGGAUGUGGAUUUGUGGUUGGAAUUGGAGUUGGUUACAUGAUUAUAAGAAGCGGAAGGCCAAGAUGGUUAGUGGACUUCUUUUUUGGGGCUGGAUAUAGUAAUAGUAAGAUGAAGAGAAGAAAUAGAGCAAAAGCAACAACAAGGAGAAGGUGA